AUGGCGCUCAUGCCGCGCGGGCGCCUGCUGCUCCCUUGGCGCCUCGCUCUCUUUCGCCGUCGGCCUCGCCUCUUCUUCUUCGUCUGCGGAGCAGGGUGUGCGUACAGCGCAGUUAACGGGUCGAACCCGCUGUCGAUCCUUCCUCUCUGCUGCUGCUACACCUACGACUUCGUCGCGUUGGCCUGCCCGCCACUCCAGCUGCGUCGUGCGCUCUUCUACACCUCUCUGUCGCGAGGUGUGCGUACAGUGGGCCUGGACUCUCCGCUGCUGGACAAGUACCUGCUGUUUCGUCUCUGCAGUCACAUUCAGCAGGUUCUGUUGCAUGAGAAAACGCAGCGCGGUUCCGCCGCGUCUGCGCUGUUUUCUGUGAAGGAUUCUGCGUCUGUGCCUCCAGGGCGCAGGUCUCGGUUGGCGGGCGAGCUAUGGCGGCGGCAGCACUUGCGGCGUACGUAUACCCCGAUUCCGGCGGUUGUCGACUGUCUCCACCACCUCGUCCUCUCUCUGGAGCGCUUCAACCCCGGUGCCCAGUCUCUUAAUCUCCAGGAGGUGUACGCGACGCUUCUGCCGACUUUGGUUCUGCUCAGCCGCGAUCAGCUACUCCAGGACGACUUGCGAGUGCCGCUUUUCCCCCAGCUCCCCGCCUCCGUCCAGCGUGCGUACCGGCCACCCUCCUUCUUCUCCCUCGAGUCCAGCGCCGCGGCUCCGGCCUCGAAUCUCUCGCCUUGGUGGCCCGGCUCCGGGAUUCGCUUCCCCUCUCGCCGCGACGAGAGUCGCGCGUUCUCCACUGCGUUUCCAAACCCAAGUUGUGGCGCCUCUUCGCUUGCCCUCAAGUAUCUCCAACUGCAGCAUGAUCGCCUGCUUCUCCAGCUUCUCCACCUCGGGCUCCUCGCCACGCGGCGAGCUCUCCAGUUCGCUGAGGCCGCCGCGUACGAGCGGACUCGGCCUCCUGUCGAGUUGCCCACUCUUCUCUCACCCCGGGUUCUUCUCGAUACCGGAGCCACGCAGAGCGCCCAUUGUUCUUCCCAAGGCGGCUACAGCGAGCUCUGGAGCCAGCUGCCUAGCGAGCUUUCUGGCACCGUGUCGCCACCCCUUGGAAGAGCGAGGGGCAACUUUUUCACGUCGCCCUAUGGCCCGCGAGGCGCCUCGCCAGAAGACCGCAGUCAGUGGGAGCAAUCGGCUGUCUCCGGCGCUCUAGAGACAGGCGCCGUUGUGGGUGAAGCUGCGUUGCAGUGGUGGCGUCAGUUCAUGGCGUCCUGCUCCAGUGAUCUCGCGGCCGCAUGCGCCUCGCGAGCACGUCGGGCGGCUACAGGCGGCACCUUCGGGAUGGUCUCUCCCUCCCUGACGGCCAGAGUUGCGACCGCUGCGGCGGCGGAGCCCAAGACGGUCGUCGGUGUCUGCACGGCGCUCGCGACCCUCGUCACAGUCCCCUUCCUCCCGGAGGACUGCGCCCUCCAGCUGACCAGGAUCCAGGACUCAGAGCCCGUGGGCGGCAGCGAAGUGUUCCAGGCCGUUGCGUUCGAGCCCUCGAUAGGGGAGGAAAGUUCCUUCUCGAGAUCCCUCGUGGGCGUCUUCUUCCCCGGCAUCGCAGGGGGUGAGAGUCCCGGCGUGAGGGCGGUGCUGCAGCCGCUCAGAGAUCAGCUGGUUCUUCUCCAGCGACGCCAACAGAGGGAGCUUGUGGUGCUUCCUACGCCGAUGGCAGUGUCGGGAGCGGUCGCGGAGUUCUGGGAGGCGUUUCAGAAACACCGCAGUACCGGGCUGCGGAUUCGGAACCUCGUGUGGGUUGGAAAGGCCAGCGCGAAGGCGCACAUGAACUCCCAGUUCUUGGAGCAGGUGGAAGGAGCUGAAGUGUUACUCGUCGCUGCCGUGCGUCGGGGGGUCAGCGACAUAAACUGGCCUUCCUCGGCGACAUGUUUGACCACUCAACAGAGGCGGCUGCUGCUUCCCACGCAGACCGAGAAACUUGAGAAGCUGCGGUUUCUCCUCGGAUCCCGCGCGAACGCAGCUGUACGUACGCCGCACAGCAUGCAUGCGUACGACAAGGCCUACGACGACUUCACUACGCGCUUUUGGCUCUGGCAGCAGUUCAAUCGUCUAAAGGAAGAACUUGGCGGCGCUGUCUUGGGCUGGUGCGGGGUCGCGGCCGCUGCAGCGCUCGGCGGAUUCCUCUUCGUCUACCUCGUGAGGCAGAUCUGGACCGGGGAAACCGGCGGACAUCCCUUGCAGGCAGAUCCGUCCGCGCCCUCUGCACCCCCAACUGCUGGCGCCUCGAGCUGGUGGACGAGACCCUGGAGCGGCAUUUGUAGUCUGUUCCGGGGACGGGGCGGGGAUCAGAGUCUCGGCGAGGAACCCUCCUCCGGUUCGGCGGAAUCGCGGAUGAGCGGUUCGCUCGGGGACAACGUGCUCCCCUACGCUCCAGCGGGAGACUUAACCCACAGCCGCUUGCUUCGAUGUGGACAUGGGGCUUCUUUCUGGGACUGCGUGCAGGGGCGGGGCGUGAUUUCGAGUCCCGCGGAUGAACUGGUGAGGGCCUCUUACCCCGAGGGCGUCUUGGGUCUCCAGAGAACGUGUGAGGACUCGAAUGUGUCUCAGAGUUUCGCUCCGCUCUUUUCGACGGCAGCCAAUGAAGGUUCGGGGGGUGCAGCCGGCCCAAGCGCCACAUCGCAUACUCACGCGGUGUCUCCGCACCUUUCGAGCUUCGUGAAGGACAUGGAGACAGGGAGCUACGUCUCAGGGCCUCUCUCCGGGUUUCCCGGGGCCGGCGCUGCGCCGGAUGUCUUGACACCGGGACUGUAUUCGGGGAGGGACGAACUCACGUCGCUGUAUUUGGCUCUCGCUGCUGCAGGAAGGGGAGGCAACCCCGGGGUGAGAGGCUUGGGAAGAGGCUUAGAGUUUUCGACAGACGGCGGUUUCGCGGGGAGUCAUGGCGGAUAAACUCGGUGGGGGGAGGAGAAGAACGUGUCACGAAGGGAGUGCAGAUUUCGUCACUGCAGGCGCGGCUCAUGGCACAGAAUGAAGUUCAGUCGGUAUGUAUUGGGGUGGCCACGGUUUCUGAUGGAACUCUCCAAAGGUGAGUGCCAUGUUGAGAGCCGUGCCCAGCGCAUCAGGCUCUGCAGGCAAGACAUGUGCGUGAGGUGUGCAUACAGCGCAGGCUUUCAGCCUAGGAAGGAACGGUCACGAAAACAUGUCUUUUUGCAGUUUGAGUUUUACGCGGCUCUUUCCCCAACUACAUCCGCUGUAACGAGAGGGUAUAGCAACGCAUAUUUGGCGCGGUGGCGUCUCGGCAAUUUCCCUGUAGACGAGACUGCAGGGAGCAGGUGCAGUUUUUCGUGAUUUUUUACUCUCAUCACUUCGCAUCGGUGGGGAUGCAACGGGAAACAUAUAUGUUUUCGAUGGCAUGCUCAUACACGUUUCAUUCUCGGAACAAGUGUGGCUGCUGAGAUGCCAAACGCUGUCUAGCGCUGCAUUUCGAGACGACAGGUUGAAACACACACUCCACAUUCUUGCGGGUUGCAGCGGGGGCAAAAGGAAAUGCUUCCGUUUCUAAAGGGUCUCCUGGAAGACAAGACUGGUUCGGAGAGGCGCGUUCUGUGACGCGGAGAUUUUUUUUCGAAUCCAGUGGUGUUGUACAGAGUCCUGGGCACCAUACGAAAAUUGCAUUCUCUGUUGGCCACACGAUGCUACGUCCCUGUUCUUAACGGAUAUGUCAACUUCCGCGUUUGGCCUCUUUCAGGUGGACUUCUCGCCGGUCUUGGUCUCUGCAGCUCUUGUUCCUUGAAAGAAUGAGUUUUGCUUUUUACCGGGGGCGAGAGAAGCGAGCUGUUUCGAACGUAGCCAACGUUCAGGAUUCGCUGCGCUGGCUUCGCCUCGACACACGCUUUGUCUGCCUUGCGGAAAA